GGGAGGAGCGGCCGGGGCGCGCGGCAGGUGCGGUGGCAGCGCAGCUCGCAGGUAGGCGCUCGUGGGUCCGGUCGCUGAGGCCCCACUGUUUGAUCCGCCUGGCACCUGGCGGGCAGCUUCACCCCUCUGGGCCGCAGUGAGGGGGGUAGACCCUGCGCAUCUCGGUCGGAAACACUGAUUGCCCCUCCGGGCAUACAGUGGCUGGGACAGGAACGAGCUUGGCCCCCAGAGGUGAGGGGAGUGCGAACGGUUCGUGGGCCCCACCCGGCCAGCCCUUCCUUUCAGCUCCCUGGGGCCAGGCUGCAGCGCAGCUUCCGGCUGGAAUGGACUGUGGGUCCAGCCGGUGAGCCGCUGGUGAGGUGGCAACCCUGCCGGGUGAGGCCACAACGCGGCCUGAGGGCAAUGACCUUGGUCCCUCGUAUUCUCUCCUCUCAUGUGCCGCUUCCUCAGACCCGUUCUCUUCGGGAUCUCUCCCCUUCAAAGAAUAUGUGUGGGGGACAGUCCCAGGCUGCUGAGACCGGGAGGUGUCGCUGCGCUAGGGAGUAACUUCGGAAAUCCGGCGUCCGGAGUUGUGGGAGCAACAGUACACAGCAGCUGAGACCCUCUGCUCCCAUGGCCAGCCCUGGGAACUUGGGAGAUGAGGGGGCCCAGGAAGACAGGGAGAAAACAGAGGGCUCUGCUGGGCCCCGGGCUGUGAUGCUGGAGCAGGCCCAGGAGCUGUUUUUGCUGUGUGACAAGGAGGCCAAGGGCUUCAUCACCCGGCAUGACCUGCAGAGCCUGCAGAAUGACCUGCCGCUCACGCCUGAGCAGCUAGAGGCUGUAUUUGAAAGCCUGGACCAGGCCCACACUGGCUUCCUCACUGCCCGGGAGUUCUGCCUCGGCCUGGGAAAGUUUGUGGGGGUGGAGUCGGCCCAGGGCGCAACUCCCUCCCGGCCUCCGGAGGAAACCUUUGAGUCGGGCUGGUCGGCUAUGCAAGGCACCGGGGGCUCCCUGGAGGAGGAGGAAGAGGAGGAGGACGAGCGAUUCUACGCUGCGCUGGAGCAGCUGCGGGUGGCCCCGGUCCUGGGCGAACAGCGGGCUGUGAGGACGCUCUGGGUCCGGCUGCAGCGUGAACGACCAGAGCUACUAGGCCCGCUGGAGGAAGUUCUCACGCGCACUUCUGCCUGCCUGGAGGAGGCGGCCCGGGAGCGGCACGGCCUGGAGCAGGCGCUGCGGAGGCGCGAGAGCGAGCACGAGAGGGAGGUCCGCGGUCUGUGGGAGGAGAUGGAACAACAGCUCCGCGAGCAGCGGCAGCGUCUGCGCAGUCAGCCCCUGCCCCUCCGUGAAGCUUCUGUGUGUGGCCGGCCGGCCGGCGGGCUCAGGUACUCCCCGUGCGCCCAGAACCGUCCCCGGGAGGAGCAGAGAGGACGCCUGGAGCUGGAGCUGCAGAGCCGCGAGCAGGACCUGGAGCGCGCCGGCCUGCGGCAGCAGGAGUUGGAGCAGCAGCUGCAGGCUCGGGCGGAGGAGCAGCGGGAGGCACAGGCUCAGAAUGCCCAGCUGUGGCAGGCCCACGAGGCGCUGCGGGCGCAGCUGGAGGGGGCGCAGGAGCAGCUCCGCAGGCUGGAAGGCGACGCGCGUGGCCGCCGGGAGCAAACUCUACGAGACGUGGUCGCCGUCUCCAGGAACAUGCAAAAAGAAAAACUCAGCCUCCUAAGGCAACUGGAGCUGCUUAGGGAACUGAACACACGGCUUCGAGAUGAAAGGGACGCCUGUGAAGCCAAGAAGACGGGCAACAGGGGCAGGAAGGCUCUGACCACAGCCUGCCUACCUGGGCCCACCUGCUGCUGCUGCUGCUGCUGCUGCUACUGGGCUCACCCCCACAGACAUGGCUCUGGCCCCCUUCCCAGUGCCCGGUGACCAGUCUGAAUUACUCACUGGACCUUACCUGGAGAAGCUGAACCCUUGAAGGCAAUGUGUAGGCUCUACCCAAUGGGCCCCAGGCUUGUCUGAGAAACACAGGAAAGAACUAACCAGGUGGUCAAGGUCUUCAUCCUGUCCCGUCUCAGUCCCAUCAACUCUCUUUCUACUCAGGAAAUAAAGUCCACUGGCCGCA